AUGGAGGGAGAUAUCAGCAAGGUUUUACAUUGGUUCGAUAAUGAGCCGAGCUUGUGGUUUGUACUCACAUCUUCUGUUCACGGAGACAGCCAUUUAAGCUACACUAGGGUUGUGGUCAUCACAGGCGAAGGGCGCAUGUUCUGUGCGGGUGCGGACUUGAUUGCAUGGAACAAGCGCUCAGAAGCUGGAUUACUGGGUGACGAAGGUGAAAGCAUCAUAUCCGAUACCGACGGAUUUGGGUCUAUCUCUCGCCGCUACAGUUCUUCCAAGCCGAUGAUUGCGGCGGUGAACGGCGGCGCGUAUGGCGGGGGAAUGGAGCUCAUUAUGAACUGCGAUCUGGUAAUUGCUGGUGAAAAUGCAAAAUUUGCUUUCCCGGAGGUAAAGCGCGGCGUUGUCGCUAUUCAGGGCGGUAUGCGGUCCUACUUACUCUGGAAUAUUGAUCACUUGAUUGGCACCACGUCAAACCUUCUCGCUAGUGAGCUGCUUCUUUUGGGUAGAACCAUUACCGCAACAGAGGCAGCCAUUCGUUUUGGGUUCAUUAACCAGGUUGUCCCAGAUGAUCAAGUCCUUCAGACUGCACUACAUUGGGCCGCCGAUAUCAACGCCAACUCGCCCGAUGCGGUACAGAGCACCAAACGUGCUCUGCUACUGGCCAAUCGUAUCGCUAGCGUGGAGGAUGUUGUUGUGGCUCAUGCACGUUCGAAGGAGACCAUACGACAACAGACAAGCACAAACAUCAAAGAAGGUCUGAAAGCCUUCACAGAGAAAAGGAGACCUGUUUGGACCAAUCCAGCAAAGUUGUAA